AAAGACGGAUGAAAUGCCACUAAGCAUUUUGACCGGCAUGCUAGCGAUUCUGCUGCCAGCUCGCAGAAUAAUGAUAAUAAAACUGUUAGAUAUUUAGUGCUACAUCUACGUCGUGAUAUACUUUACUUUUUCCAGCACCGUCCAUGUUGUUGAUGUUUACGUCCGGUUUAGCUUAGAACGAGCAAACCCGUGCUCAGACACUUUCCAACUGUGGCCAUCCUGUCUUAUCAGGGUUAUAUGGGGCUUUAUUAUUUGGAAUGUCCUGUCCUUGUGUAAGACAUUAGAAUGUGAUCUGAGGGAGAUUUGACUGCUAUUUUUACCUGUAGGGAUGGUGAAUCGUUUUUUAGAACCGGAGACGGAUUGCAGCGGGUGACGUAUAUGAGCCGAGAAAAUAAUUAACGUUUAAUUUCAUAAAUUCAUGUAUACGUCCAACUUAUAUUGAAUUGGCAUUUAUAGUUUUAAGGCUUAAAACGGCUAUCUUUCGAUAGUCAAGAAUAUUAAGAAACAAAUAAAAUUAAAAACAACCUGUUCUUUUCCCCACGAGGAAUGGGCAGUUGCCUGGAGUCCUCACAGGUCUAGGGUUUCUAUUCUGAUCUAUGUAUAGUGUGGCUUGAUAUCAAUAAAUACAUACAAUAAGGCUCAGUUCUCUAAGACGGCCCCGGGAAUGGGACUUCGAGGAAAACUGCACAUAUUUUCUGAUUUCUUUCGUAAACUGUUUCAAUUUUCUUUCUUGUUCAAUUAUACAAGUUUGAACGACUCUUAGUUUACCAGAACAUUCCAAUUAUUUUUAUUCAUUACUCGUGAAGUGUAAAGUAUAGUGGACAUGCCUGCAAUCCGAUAUGCAUGUGAUCAAGAUAAAUCGGUGUUGCUGCAUAAUUUUGAGGCCCGUGGUUGGGUAGCUGUAAACCCAGAUGAAAACUGGAACUUCUACUGGGCUUCAGUGCAGAAUAUCAGAGACAUCUUCAGUGUGGACAAUGGCUAUCGUUUAGCAGAUGACCAGAUCAUUAAUCAUUUCCCAAACCAUGUUGAGAUUACACGUAAGGAUUUAAUGGUGAAAAACAUCAAACGUUACAGAAAAGAACUUGAAAGAGAAGGAAGCCCUCUGGUGCAGAAAGAUGAAACUGGAAGAUAUUUAUAUUUAGAUUUCAUUCCUCAAACAUUUAUGUUACCUGCUGACUACAACUUAUUUGUUGAAGAGUUCCGUAAACACCCAAACACCACAUGGAUUAUGAAACCUUGUGGUAAAGCUCGUGGAAUUGGUAUAUUUCUGGUCAACAAACUUUCUCAACUCAAGAAAUGGUCCCGAGACAGCAAAACAAACAGCUUUGUUCCACCCACAGCUAAGGAUACCUACGUCAUCUCCAAAUACAUAGAUAAUCCUCUUCUGAUCAGCGGCAAAAAGUUUGAUCUUCGUCUCUAUGUCAUUGUCACAUCUUUCAGACCCUUGAAGUGUUAUAUGUACCAGUUGGGUUUCUGCCGCUUCUGUACUGUAAAAUACAAUGCUAACAUCACUGAACUGGACAACAUGUUUGUACAUUUGACCAACGUUUCCAUUCAGAAACAUGGUGAAGACUACAAUGCUGUACAUGGUGGCAAAUGGACUGUACAGAAUCUGCGACUUUAUCUUGAAAGUACUCGUGGCAAAGAGGUCUCGGAUAAACUGUUUGAUGAGAUUAACUGGGUUGUGGUCCAUUCCCUUAAAUCAGUUGUGAAUUGCAUUUCCAAUGACCGACAUUGCUUUGAAUGUUAUGGGGGUACAUCUAAUAUACCCGUGCAUCUUCGAUGCUGUGAAAUUCUCAUCGAAUCCCACUUUGAAGGUCACAUGUUUUCAGUCCAAGAGCAGGAAAUUGCUACAAAAUAUAAACACUAUCACCCACCACCGCCGCUACCACCACCACCACCACCAACAACAACAACAACACCACCCACUACCAUCAACAACAACAGCAUCAGUUGUCACAAGAACAAUACAGCAACAACAACAACAAUGUUGAUCGAAUCACUAAGAAUAACAAUAACAACAACAACUACUACUACUACUACCACUACCACCACAUCACCUCCAUUACUACUACUACUACUACUGCUACCACCACCACCACCAUCACCACCAUUACUACUACUACUACUACUACUACUACUACCACCACCACCACAACCACUGCCACCUCUACAAGAAGUUGGUAGGCUACUACUUCUUCUGCUAGAGUCUAAAAUCCUGCCAACUUUGGUAUUUGAUGGUUAAUUAACUGAUGUUAUCAGACAACUCUUCAGAAUUGCUCUCCAGUACCACCAGCGCCACCACCACCACCACUGACACCACCAGUGGUACUACAAUGACCACCGUUAUAACCACUGGCAUUACUAAAGCUUCUGCUGUCUCUCCCCCUCCCCCUGCACCACUGUCAUGU